GAAUCAUAUCCUCCACCCCCAAUUUCUCACUUUAUAUGCUACCAAACUCUAUCAAUUCAUUCAUAUUCAACUAUACACACAUACCACAAAAUUCUAAUUUUGAGCUCGUUCCUCCCACUUUUCAUUGAGGAACAAUCAAAUGGCUAAUGUGGUGGAGUUGAAGGUAGGAUUGCACUGCGAUGAAUGUAUCAAGAAGAUCUUGAAGGCCAUCAAGAAAAUUGAAGAUAUAGAAUCAUACGACGUAGAUACGCAAUAUAAUAAGGUGACGGUUACGGGGAAUGUGACAACGGAGAAGGUCAUUAGAGUUCUUCAAAAAAUAGGAAAGCAUGCCACUACUUGGGAUGAAUCAUCCACUGCUAAUUACUGAGUUGAGUCUAAUAAUCUACAUAUAAAGAUUACUCUCCAUCCCACUAAAUUCUUAUUUUAUUUUUUUAACAAUAUAUUAAAAUAUCUUUCAUUUUUCUUAAUCUGAAAUUUUGAAUUAUCUUUACCUAC